GGUGUCAGCUUUAGUGCUAUUUAAAUACAACAUUGUGUUUUGCUAUGUGAUUUCUUGCCGUGGAUAUCAUAAUGUGAAAAAUAACUUCUAAAGCUAGGCGUUUAUUUACUGGACCAUCUAACAACUUCACUUGCAGUAAAUGUGAUCUGAGGGCGCGGAGCGGCGUCCUGUGGCCUGCGGCGAGGCGCGCCGUGGCCUCCGUCGCCUCCGCCAUGGACGCGCUGCUCUUCGGCAACGUCACCAGCAAACCGCAGUUACUGCGCACCUCAGACGACUACGACAAUCUAACCGCAAGUGUAACCACGACGCAACCACAACAUCCUCUUCCCGCAUCGAAUCCAGUUCCUCUGCACUUCUUGUGAGAAUGCACUUGCUUCUUUCGAAUGCCCUAUCUCGUCCGGAGCAGCGAUGCGCGAAGGAACACACAGUGACGGAUGCGACGAGGCUCAGGGAGGUGUAUUCAGCAUGGUACGGACGUGUGGGAACCUCCUCCUAUAUUCCUUCAGAGAAGGUGCAGCAACUUUUCAAUGAUAUGCAGCUAUAUCCGUCCAAAUCGCAAGUGUAUGAAAUGUUGCAGUGUGCCAAGGAAUGUGCAAAUCGAAGUUCAGCAGCUUAUCUCACUUUUGGAGAAUUUUGUAUUUUUGCAACUGAACUGAAGAGAUGCUAUGAAAGAGGUAUACCUCGACCCAUCCAAUUGUCCCGCUUGUUGGAAAGAGAUGGGGAGGACAAGAAGAGGAGAAACAGAAGAGUGUCGAACAAACAACUAUGUGUGGCAUGAUUUAUUUCCAGAAGGAAUUCCAAAGUAUGAAGUGUUUUUGGGCGGUUCCUGCAACCCUACUACAUGGCGACAUGAUAUAGCUAUUCCAAUGUUGAAACGUCUAGGCAUCACUUACUAUAAUCCUCAAGUGUCACAUUGGGGUCCCGAAUUGAUAGAACUAGAGCAUCAAGCAAAACAAAAUGCAGCUGUCUUAUUUUUUGUAAUUGAUAAUCAGACGCGAAGUGUUGCAUCUAUAAUUGAAGCAGCUCACAUGUCAGGCAGGCAUCGAAAACUCAUCCUUGUCAUCCAUGCAUAUGAAGGCCCUGGACAAAAAAUUUGGGGAGAAUCCAUUUCACCAGAAGAGUUUGAAGACCUUACUACUGGGCAAAUGGUUCUUCAAGAUUUAGUAGAAAGGCAGGGCAUCCCUGUGUUUGAAAGCAUCCCCAUUGCCUUGAAUUGCACAGCUAAGGUUCUACGAGAAAACAUUAGUGUUCAGGAAUUAGGUCUUAAAGAUUAUGCUCAGCCAGUGAAGAUGGCCCAUGUACAGUUAGGAGACAAAUUAAUAAAGCUGCGGGAAGCUUUUGAUGCUCUGGAUACUACAAAUUCUGGCGAGUUGUGCUUAGCAGAUGUUUGCAUGGCCUUUCGAAUUCUGACAAACAGGAAUCUUUCUCUGGCAGAUGUUCGCAGCAUUGUUGCUGCACAAACAGGCAUGCCAGGGAAUGAAGUAAAGGAUUUACCUCUUGAGCAACUUCAUGUCAACUUUGAGCAGUUUUGUGCAAUUGUUGCAGAAUUCAAGAGUUGUGAAAGUGAGGCUCGCAAACUAUGGCAGUUAGUUCUAGCCAAAACCACACGCCUUGUGCAGGCAAUUGUCUCGCCUUUGACUAAAGUUCUAGAAUGGGCAAUAUCUCCAAGACCCUUGAGAUCUUUACAAUUAGGUGCUCCCCCAAAUUGCCAGAGUAAUUGUGUACGUGAUGUUUAUCUUGGAGGAUCUUGUCGUGCAUCUACCUGGCGUGAGGACAUUGCCAUUCCAAUGCUCAAAAAAAGUGGUUUGACGUACUUCAACCCACAACUUUGCUCUUGGAGCAAACGUUUAAUUCCUAUUGAGGCAGCUGCAAUGGAUAAUAGUUAUGUUCUCUUAUUUGUUAUAUCUAAUACAUCGCGAUCACUGGCAUCUAUGGCCGUGGCAGCUCAUUACAUCGGAUUGGGCUGCAAUGUGGUUUUGUGUGUGCAACAGCUCCUGGACGACUGCAUUCUGGGGAGUGAUAAGCUGUCAAAGCAAGCGGUUAAAGAUUAUAAUCGUGGCCGAAUGUACCUGUCAGAUCUGGCAAACCGUGAAGGUGUGCCUGUAUUUGAGUCUGUGAGCGAGAGUGUAGAAUGUGGAGAAUCUUUGGAACCAUCUCAACAGAAGAGCACAAUACCCCGCAGACAUGGCAUGCAGUGUUUGGGAAAAGUGCCCUCAGCACGAAGACCUCCAGCAAAUUUGCCAAGUUUGAAGAGUGAACAUAGCGGCAACGAUCCAGCUGUUAGUUUAGUUCCUAGUGGUGGUACAGGAUGGGGCAGCAAACCAGGAGAAACCACAGGCCCGGCAGCCACCACCUCACAGCCACACACCACACCUCCGGCAGCCAAUAUACCGGUUGUUGCGCCUCAACCACCCGUCGUUGCACCAGUAAUUCCAGGUGCUGUAACUGCAACCCCUUCCGCUGCAAAUCCCCCAGCACCAAGUCAGGGACCUCCACCUGUGAUGCAGCAAACCGUUCACAGCGACAAGCUUUGGAGUUCUGUAAUGGCAAGCCCAGGAGAAGGGGUUCAUCCUCCAAGCUUCCUUGCACACCAGUCACCUCAGUUCCAGCAGGAAUUCCCCAAAUUGUCCAGUGGAGAUGGACAGGCUCCAGCAACUGGACAGAAAGGUGGAUCAGAUACCCAGUACGGCCCCGGUCCAAGUCUGCGCCCCCAGACGGAAGGAAGCUGGAUCCAGGGUGGUGGCCGGAAUGCCGGUCAACCCCCAAACCAGAUGCCUACUGGUGGGGCGAGUGGCAGUCACCAGGGGGCUGCUGCUGUCCCGGGCCCCCUUCCUCACAUGCAGCCAGGGAGCGAUCCAACUGGCGGACGGAACAACUUGGGCCCAUGUGUUGCCCCGGCAGGGGGUAUGGGCCCGGGAGGCCCGGCUACUCAAGUACCGAACACGGGCGGUACAAACGUCCUUCCUGGGGUGGCUCCUGGUGGGACUAUGAUGCCUCAUAUGGCUCCAAACGCCCAACAACAGUUUUCUCGCAACAUUAUGUCACAAUUUCAAAUGUAUCGAGGAGCAUUUUCACCAAACUUUCAAGGUCCGAUGCAUGGCCCUGUACGUCCUUCACGAUAUCAAUACCCGACUGAAAACAGGUUCAUGGCAAGACCUGCUCCAAAUACAGUGGAUGAUGAACUUGUUCCUCGUCCCAUUAUUAAAGAAGAAGAAUUAAGUAAAAUGGAUGACAUUGCUAGAGAUGCUGGCUGGGCUAUUCAUGAUGACGAUAUUGUGGAUUAUAAUCAGCAACUCUUAUUUAGUGAUGAUGAGAGUACACCAGAAGAAGAUGCACGCAAAGAUGCCAAAACUUCCAAUAAAGAUGAAAAACGUUCCAAUGAUAGAGAACGGGAAAGAGAGAGUGAGCGUGAAAGUAAUGAGAGGGAAGAACAUCGGACAUCUGUUUCAUCAUCUCUUCCUUUAUUUAUUAGAUCUGGGUUUUCUAUUUUAUUCAUGGGUCUGACUGUAAAUGAAAUCGUCAAUUUAUUGAGAAAUGAUGAUAUAGAAGACAUAGGUGAUAUUGCUUUGGCAAUGUUUCCACCCAUGGAGCAUGCACAAGCAGAUACUGUUAUAGAUUCGGAUAGAGGAGAUGAUAAAACGCAAGGAGACCCAGAGGAUCAUAGAGACAAGAGGAAUGAACCCUUACCACAAAGAGGCCCUCCUGAACAACCCAGUCGAAACUGGCAACCGGGCCGUUCCUCUGUUAAUAUGGACUUUCGGUCUCCUCCUGUACAUGGGCCAGUUGCCCCAGCAACCCAUCCAUUGCCCCAUGGUGGACCUGGUCCUGCAUCUCUUGACUGUCCAAUGCCUCCGGUGAUGCGGCCAGUCUCCCAUCCAGGUGCUGCAAGGAAGUUGCAAGCUCUGGAGCAAAAAAUGAAAUUGGCUGCUGAAAAGGAGCAUCAUGAGGAAAGCUCCACCCCUGGUCCAGAUUGGGAGAAGGACAAAGACCGUGACAGCCGAGAACGAGAUAGAUCACGAACUAGUAGUGAAGGUAGAGAGGAGAAAGGCACUCGUGAAGCAAGAGAUUCCAGGGACAUUCGUGAUCACAGAGAGAGAGAUUCUGAUUUCAGGCCCAUCUCUCAGAUUGGGGAACGUCCUGCUUUUAUGCGUGGAGACCGUGAGUUGACACGCAAUGAUCGGGAAUUGCCACGAAAUGAAAGGGAUCGUGAAAUUCCACGCAAUGAGAGGGAAAGAGAUAUUUCCCGCAAUGAACGAGGACGUGAUAUUCCACGCACCGAAAGGGACCGUGAUAUGUCACGUAACGAUAGAGACCGUGAAGUUUCACGCAAUGAGAGGGAUCGCGACAUAACACGCAUUGAAAGAGAUCGUGAACUGCCUCGAAGUGAUAGAGAUCGGGAAAUUUCACGUAGUGAAAGGGACCGUGAUAUGCAACGCAAUGAGAGAGAUCGUGAUAUACAACGUGGUGAGAGAGAACGGGAAAUACCGCGGAGUGAGAGAGAACGUGACAUCCCUCGGAGUGAUAGAGAGCGUGACAUUCCACGUGGUGAGAGAGACCGUGAUAUUGCACGCAGUGAGAGAGACCGUGAUAUUGCACGCAAUGAGAGAGACCGUGAAAUUCCACGCAGUGAGAGGGACCGUGAAAUUCCACGCAGUGAGAGAGAGCGUGAAAUUCCACGCAGUGAGAGAGAGCGUGAAAUUCCACGCAGUGAGAGAGAUCGGGAAAUAUCACGGUCUGAAAGAGACAGAGAAAUUACUCGUAAUGAAAGAGACAGGGAAAUUACUCGGAAUGAAAGAGACAGAGAAAUUAGUAGAAACGAUAGGGAAAUUCCACGAAAUGAUAGGGACCGUGAAAUAAGAGGUGAUAGGGAUCGUGAAAUAACUCGCAGUGACAGAGAUCGUGAUAUUGGGCGCAAUGAUAGAGAUCGUGACAUUCCCCGAAAUGGAAGAGAAAGGGAUAUACCCUGCAAUGAGAGAGAUCGAGAUGGGUCUCGAAAUGAAAGGGAAGUUCCAAGAAGCGAGAGAGAGCGUGAAUUGCCUCGUAGUGAGAGAGAUCGUGAAAGAGAUAUGCGUAGUGAGAGAGAACGUGAGAGAGAUAUUCGAAAUGAUAGAGACAGGAAACCCAGGGACUCAAGAGAUCGUCAUGAUACACGCUAUCUUGCAAACUUGCCUCCGCGGUUUCAGCGUUCAGGUAUUGACCGUUCUAGUGGAUUUUAUGGAGGGCAGGGAAGCCAACAGGUACCUCCACAACCAGCUGUUGGAUCAGGGCCAACUCAGGGGCCUCCUUCAGCUACCCAGGGAGUAUUUCCACAGGGCUCUGCUUCUACCCAAGUGUUUGAUCCACGUUGGAAUCCUCCUCAUUUUCCAUCAGGCCCCAUUCCAGCACCAGGAACUGUCAAUAGCAAUAUAAAAUCUGGGUACUUGCUUCCUCGAGGUCGUGAUGGUGAUGCAUCAACCCCUGACAGAGAAAGAGAACGUGAACGAGAGCGGGAGAGAAAUGAGCGUGACCGUGAAAGAGAGAGGGAACUUGAUGAUAGAGAGAGAGAUAAAGAACGACCUCCUAGUCGAGAUCCCAGAGACAGAAGAGAUCGUCAUAUUGGUGAUAUACCAGAGAGAUACAGGCCUAAUGCUCGAGAGAGGGAUGUUCGUUCUUACCCUGAUAAUGGUAUAAGUGCCAGAAAAACCUCUGGGAAUUACUAUGAAGGACCUCCUGAGUAUGGGCGCAGUUAUAGCAGAGGAUCACAAGAGUAUGAUAGAAAUGAGUAUGGCAGAGGAAGAGAGAGAGAUGCAGAUGUUGAUUCUCGAAGUUCAGAGUCCAGAGACAGAGAAUCUCGGCUUGGCAACCGUGAAGGGCGUGAUAGAGAUGGUCGCCAUUACGAUGAUCGUAGGGAUGGUGAAUUGAUAGAUGAAGUUUACGAUCGACAUCCUCCUCCUCAACAGGCUCAAUUUGAAGAUCACAAAAGAGAACCAGUUAGUGACUUGAAUCGCCAAGAAAAUAAUGAUUGGCGUGAAAAGGAUAAAAAAUUCUUGGAAGAUCGUGAGAAAUUGGAACGUAGAGAUGCAGAUGGGCGAAGAGAGAGGGAAGAGCGUCCACAACGUCCUGACAGUCGUGAUAGUCGGACAUCACGGGAAUCCCGUAAUUCAAGAGAUUCUGUUCGGGAAGAGAGGUCUGUUCAUGAAAAUGAUCACAAGCACAGUAUAUCCAACCGGGAAGUUACCGGUUCGUGGGUGGAAGACCACUACCCUGAUAUGAAAGAGGAAAAAAAGAAAGAUUUUUUCCGUGAAGAACGCAGAGAUGCACCUUUGGAGAAAUCAGAUAGAAAACCAAAUGAAACAGAUGUUUGGAAUCGCAGUUCUACUACUAAGCCGCUUGAAAGAACUACUCCUGAGAAUUCUGCUUCCACUAUUACUACAUCUGCUGCAGGUCAAGCUAGAUUUUCUGAACAACCUAGCAGCAAACCUUGGGCAGAUCAGAUUCCACCAGAUGAUAAUACAGCUCCACCUAGUGCUGCAGUUCCUGAAGAGAAAUCCAUUGUACCUAUUGAUUCCAUCAAAAAGGAUGUGGAGAAAGAUGUUUUAAACAAUGUACCUGCAGAAGCUCCUGAGAAAGUAAAAAACAACCCAAAGGAAGUUGAAUUAGAAGUGGAAGGGCAGGAGGAAGUGAAAAAAGAAGAAAUAACAGGUUCUGUGGAAGUUGAACCUAAGCGAGAAAAAAGCAGUCGUAGUAGAAGUGGUGGUGCUCGUGGCCGAUCUGAUGGACGUGCCAGUCGCCAGGGUUCUGGUAGUUAUGCUGUGUAUCGUGGGGGGGCUAUGUCCUGGGGACAACAAAGAGAGCGUGGACGCCGUGGUCUGCAUAGACCUGCUCCAUCUCGUGCCUCAAACGCUGGAGAGUAUACUCAAGCUACUGAAUCAGAACAAUCUGGUGAUGAAGCGUCAGCUGAAUCGAGCAAAGAAGAUGCAAGCCGUAGCACCGUAGGGCAGAGGCGACCUGAACGGGAACGAGAAUCACGCAGACCUCCUAGGUCUCCAAAACAAGGCCAGAAGAAAUUGGAAAAAGAGGAGAAAAGUAGAGAAUCCCGCCGUGCUGAUGGAGAAAAGGGAUUUGGUAACACAGAUCUUCAUCGUUAUGAUAAAAGGUCUGGAGGAUAUGAUGCUGUACGCAACAGUGGUCGAGAGGGCUUUGCACCGGUUGGAGAACCUUCGCGGAGGGGUCGUGGAGGUGCUUUUCGACGAGGGAGUGUGGGCAGGCGGUAUGGACCUCCAUCUUCAAAGAGCCCUUUUGGUCAACCCCAAGAGGAUGGCAAACACCCUGCUGGGAAUGACGACCCAAAGAACAAGAAUUGUGAUGGAGCUCCUGACCCUUCAAAGGAGGAUAUUGGAGGUGAGCUGGUGAGCAAUGAAGACAAGAAUAAAUUAAAACUGCAGGCACUUGCAGCAGGUGUUAUUGGCAGUGGGGCUCGACAAUUUGGUGGGGGUGGGAAGCAGACUACACAAGUGCCACCUAGAAUGCAGGGAAAGUCUGAAACAGAGCCAAGAGACUCAAGUCGCAGCAAGAGUCGCAGAGGUGGGAGCAGUGGCAGGGGACCUCUUCAAGGCAGGGUGGAUAGGUCUGCAAACAUCACUGGUGGCACUAGUGUAGGGGCUAAACAGAAUUCAUCGGAUGUAGCAGAAGAUUGGGAGACUACCUCGGAGCACAGUGAAGGCGAGGAGCAUGAUGAUGGAAACAAGAGCGGUCGGAAAACCUUUCCAAAACGUGAUGGCCGUCGUUCAAGAGGCUCUGGUAAUCCACGUUCCUCACGUGGUGUUACCAGUAAUGCAACAAGUCCAAAUGGAAGAAAUGUCCGGCCUGGAAACGAGCAACGUUCAAAUGGCAGUACUAGCAAUGGUUUUCCUUCUGGUAGUGGACAGAGAGUGCCUAAUUCUAGUAUUUGUGGUUCUAGUAGUGCCCCCCAAUCUAAUGGUCGUGGCCCUAACUCUCGUAAUAGUAACCAGGCUCUCCCUUUGACUUCUAAGGUAGCUGGAAAAGAAACUACUGCUUCUGUGAAUAGAAUGGAUGAUAUGAAGAUAAAUGACCCAGGUCUUGUUAAUCAGGCCAUAAAUGAUUUAAACAUGGCUAAGAAGAACAGUAGGGUGGAGAAAGACAAGACUAAUCCAUUGGAUGGAAUUGACCUCAACAAUUUUGCAAAUCUUAUACUUAAUGCCAGUCCAAAAGUGUAUGCAUGUUUUUUCCCUAGUAAUCUGGAGGUUAACGAACAAGCACAGUCUGGGGCUAGCAGUCAGAGAAGUACACCUAGUGGUGAUAAAGUAUCUGGGAAAUUAGGGAGAGAGGUUGCUGAAAAGACGGUUCUAGAUGGAACAUCCCCUCCCGUACAGACAAUCAUAUUCGAAAAUACGAAUUACAAAUCGGGCCCAAGCGAAUUAGGAAUGAAGGCAGCAAAGUUCAGUAAUCACUUAAAAAAUUCAAGAAUUGAUAAAGGCAGAGAACGAAAGCUCGGUGAGGAUGUUGAAGAUGUACAGUUGAGUUUUGCUAAUAAAAAUUCUGGACCAGUUCCAGAAAUGAACAAAACUUCAGAAAAUAAGACAGAACCAAUUCAGAUGCCUAUUGCAUUUAACAAGAACGAAGAUAGUGUGGACAUGAAGCUUGAUUUCACCUUCGAUUCUGAACUCUCUCAGCUUACUGAUGAUAAGAAAAAUAAAAGUAUGGGACUUCCACGGUCCAUGCACCUCCCUCAAGGUGUUCAGUCUACAAUCUCCCAUGGUUCUACUGAUGAACUAAACUUCAAAAUAGCAUCUGUUAAAAAGGUUUGGGAAGCUAUUCCUCCUGGACCUCCUGUAAUAGAGCACAAUGAAGAUGGAAGCGUUGCAUCCACAGCUUCGUCCUUCACUCCAACCUUUGGAAACCCUGUUGAUUCGGGUUUAGAGCCUUCUUUUCCAAAAGUAGAGGGGUCGAGUGUUGCUGGUGAUGAUGGAUCAGCAUUGACUCCAGGAGAAAUCGUGUACAGCUCUGGCCCACAAAUUCAGAACAAUCCCAACAGUUACAGUGGAAACGUUGCUGUGUCUGCUGUGCCAAACAUGGUCAAGAGUGAUGUCCCAUCUACUUCCAGUAAUGUCUGCAAAGUAAAACCCCAACAACAAGCAGUAAUGUCUGCCGGUCCAUCACCUAUUGGACACCCUGGUCCUUUAUCUCCACCACCUUUCAAUUCAUCCAACACUCAGCAAGGACAUAUUAACUAUCAGCCUACUCUUGGCGGUACUGCCGCUCCAUUUGGUAGUAUUUCAGCAAUUCCCUCCCCUCCAACCGUGCUGUCUUAUUCUUCUCAGCAAAUUCCUAGCCAAGGUGGUUUAUAUGGAGCUUUCCAACUAGAUGGUACUCAGGUUCGGAGUGGCCAAGCACUAUCACAGUUCUCAGGAUUUCCACCAUAUGGAUUAAACCAAGGCCUUGCAGGGCAGACAUCUGCAUUCAAUCAACAAUCCAUGUAUCUUCCAACUGCACCUCAUCCUCCACCAAGUGCUGCACCUGAUAUAUAUCCAUCAUCAUUAUCCCAAUAUAGAAUUCCUGCUGCUCAGGGUCCAUUUGGUCAAUCACAACAACUUAGCAGUAACCCUAGCACUGUUUUAAUUUCUUCCACAUCUAAUUCAUUAAUGUCUGCAAGUGUGAAGCCUUCAUCACAACAAAUUGGUGCUAUUGGAACGAAGGGUGGAGGACCUUACCAGCAAAGUGGUUUGCCAUCACAGCCAUCUCAGCUAUAUAUACAAUACGAUCCAAGUUAUUUAUCUGGAUCCCAGAUGGUUCAGCGCCCUGGACCUGUCCAAAGCAAUGUUGUACCGACAAUUCCACACUCAUCAUCAUUUUACUCAGGAUCAGCUGGUGGCCAAGCAGGUUUUUAUCAGGCAACUAAUUCAACACUGCAGCAGGGACCCUCUGGUCAACCUCUUCAUCAAACAGGAUCUCCCUAUGGUUUACAAGGUUACAGCACCCAAUCAGGAACUGCCACUCCUGUGGGUCUUCAAGGGUUUAGUUCCCAGAAUGGCAGGUCACUAGAUUUCACAAAUGCACAAAAACAACACACUAUUAUUACUUUAAAGUCAUCUGUAAUGCCACAGUACAGAGGCACAAGUCUUCCUGCGCAUACGUUUCUUAAAUCUGGUCAGCAUCCAACUGAUCAUAAUGCAGGUUCAAAUGGUCGGACUCAGUUAAAAUCUCCUUCGAGUAGUCAACAAGAUGUUUUGGCAUCAGUAUCUGUUUUCUCUUCUGGUCCUCAAAUACCAUCGCCAAAGUCUCGCAGCUCAAAACAGCAGGGCCCACAACAGCAGCAGCAGCAGCAGCAACAGCAGCAAAGCCCAAAUCAGCAGCAGCCUUCUCAACAAAAUCAGCAACAACCCCCACAUCAUAAGUUUUCUCCUUAUCAAGGAAUGACUGCUUCAACCCAACUGGCUUUUCCACAAAGUGUGCGUGGGCAAAUGAGCAUCACUGUACGUAGUGGUGUUCCCACUGCAACUCAGCGCUACCCGCAGCCUAUUCAGAGGCCAGUGCCAUUCCCAGGUGGUGGCACACAAGGUGCCAACUCAAUGGGAGGACGACAUAGACCCCAGCAUCAGCAGCCAUCACGGCAACCAGCAAAUGGAGCAAUGUGAAGAUGGAAAGUGUAUCGGAUGGAAAACCUGAAACUGCAGGAGAAAACAAGAUCACUGAAAAUGUAACUGUCUCAGGAAGCAGCAACUCAGCUCCAGGAAGUAGCAAGCCUGUGACAAGUGUAGCUUCCCAACCAGAACAUAAAAUUUCCCCAGCAGAGUAGUGUUGGUACCAGUUGUUGAUCCUAUUAUUUGUUUCUCCAUCAUAGCAUACCCACUAUGCGUGUGAUACAUGUAGUUAGAAGUUGAUGCAGUAUCCUGAAGAAAAAUGGAAGAGGAAAACUCAUUUGUUGCCCCAUUAUACAUAUAUAUAUAUAUCUCUCUAUAUAUAUAAUCACAUUCACAAUGUACACAUGAAUGUGAAGAGACUAAUUGAAACUGUGGGAAUAGUACAUGUUAAGCUUCAACUGCUUCAUAAGAAAGGGGAUGUUGCUUCUGCCUUUGAGAAAAAAGAAGUGAAUUGUAGCACAGAAGAGCUUUGCAAAAUAUGCCGUAUUCUGUCAGUUUUCACCCCUAAUAAUUUCUAAUCAUUAGAUAUACUGAUUUGUAUUUAUUUUUCUAAAGGAUUGCAACAAAUUGAUGGAAUGGACAUUGCAUUGCUUUCCUUGUGUUUGAUCUAAUGAUAGCUCCAUUGGUGACUUGCAUUAUUAUUCAUUGCAACCUAGACGGUUCUACCCUGUCUUUCGUAGUAUUGCCAUGUGGAAGUGUUGAGUUGUGAAAAUGCCCUGCAUAUAAUUCCGUUUAGUAAAAAUAAUAUAAUGAUUUGUGAAGCAAUGUAAAGAGUGCAAAAAAUUGUUUCAAAAAAUCAUGAAGCAAGACUUUGUGCUACCCAAGAACUUGAUCAGUGCCAGGUGAAGUCUAUGUGGGCUGGUUUUUUAGAAGAGCAUAUCCAAGAAAUAGAAAUGGAGCUGUCUGUUGACUUCCAAUGACUCAUCAUGAUAUGACUUAAUAGGAAUAAGAAGAGAAAGAAACAGCAAUUUUGUUUUUGUUGAUUUUUGUGUUUGGAAUGAUCACUGCCAAGGGCAAUAUUAAUGCAAAAGAUUUAUUUCAUCGUUAUUUAAGUGGUGUUUGUGGUGUGUAAAAUGCAAGCUCUGAAGGCACAUAGCACGGAAAGAGCAGAGGACCAGAUGAAGGAAAUGUCCAGAUUUGCAUGUAACAUCUGUACUGUUGUGACGUACCAUGAUGAGAUUUAAUGUAUCAACAAAAACAAAGUGGUGUUGGUAAUGAAAUUAUAUUAUAAGGGACUAAAAGUGGAAAAAUAAAAAUAAUUAUUUCACUUACCAAAUAUUGCUUUCAUGUCUUUGCACAGUAUUUAAAUGCAACUUACUGUUGGUCUCUUACUGUUGAAUUGCAAAUGGGAAUUUCACUGUCAUGUAUGUCUACAAUGAAGUAAAGCAUCAAAGUGAAACUUUUAGUAGUCAUUUAGUAAAAGAAUAAAUAAAAAGAGUCGCAUUGAAGAACUUGUUAAGAAGUGAAAUGAACUCUUGAUUCAGGAGCUUAUGUGGAAGAAUAUCUUUCUGGAUUUUCAUCUAUCCUCUAUCCCCGCUGGAUAAUAGAAGCGUGUGUUUUUUGUAUACAUGCAUCAGUGGUGGGAUUUACUCUCCAAGAUGUAUGGUUGAAGUUUUUUAAGUAUAUUAUUUUUGUCGUUAAUCUUUCCGUGGUCCAGAAUCCAAGUUUUACAAUUAUGUGGAUGUGUUUGUUUCCAAGAAAAUGUUUGGAUGAAUCGCAAAAGGACCAAAAAAAAAACAACAUAAAAAAAACAACCACCAACAACGUAAGCAACAUGGAUGAUGGUGUAAUGCCUUCAAUUCUUGGUACUUUGUAAGCUGUUUUGUGUAGUUAGCCAUAGAUGCAAUAAACAAAAAUUCCAUACGAGACUUCCCCACAUUAAAUAAGUUUUUUCAAUAAUGCCUAUUUUCCUUGGAAAUGAGGUAAUUUUUCUCUUAUUUUUUUUUAUUAGGCAGAUAACUGACUGAGAUAAAAUCUGUCUUUGUCGUUAUUUCUGUGCAUUCUUGUUCAAGUAUCUCUUGCCUCCUUAAAAAAAAUCGACUGCGUUACAUGAAAACUAAUGGUGUUUGAGAAGUUUAUAACCUAAUUUGUGAAAAUUGCUUUUAAUACAGAGAGAUACUAGGAUGCCUGUUGGUUUGACUGAGAAUGCAAUUGUUUGGGAGUAUAGUCAUGCCUAACGUUGUGUAUAAUAAAAUUCUGUAUAUGUUUAUGAAUCAAAUUUCUGAAAAUUAGUGUGUUGAUUGGAACUUAUGAAAUAAAAUUACUACCAUGAGCCCUGUUAAGUUAUCUGUUUUUGUGAAUUUCAUUGCUGUACAGCCUCCUAUAACAGUCGCAUACCAAUGGCAUUCCAGUACCCAAUGAACACCUGUGCGAGUGUGUGUGGGGAGGGGGAGAGGUCAACACCAAACUCUGUAAUAAAUUGCAAUAUAAGUGAAGGACAUUUUCU